AUGCCAGCAGCAGCAGCCGCAACUGCAGAUCGCCAAGCAGCUGGGCACCAUCUAUUAGAUCCUGCCAUAGAUAUUCCACGGGAUCGACUUGCCAAGCUGGCGGACGAGCUAGAUGAACCUGGCGACCGCAACGACCGAGCAGCAGCCCGUCAUGGCAGGCGCGACCGGCGGCCCAAGCGCACAGCGUGUGAUAGCUCUGCGGCUGUCGCCUCCGUGUCGGAGGCAGGCUUGGAGUUGCCUGACGAUACCGAAGUGAAGGUGGUGUUUGACAAGCUGGUGGGGAACCUGACAAAGUCGGGGAAAAAGGCUACGGCGCGGCGCAUUGUGCUGGAUGCAGUGCGGGUGAUGCAGAAGCACCUGCGAAAGGGAGACCUGGACAACAUAAAGUAG